UUGCUUGACUUCAAGCUAUCACGCCGCAAAUUACUCACGAGUGUCACGAUCUUUGCUAUCGGCACUCAUCAAUCGGCAAGCCAGCGGCAUCCGGCAUUGAGUCAGUCAUACAUAGACAUACAUAAGCCUCCAAUCCUCCCGAGUGCAAUAUACACCUGCAUCCUUUCUUCUCCAACACCCAUCCCAACUCCUGCUCGACAUCAUGCCACAGAAAAUCAAAGUCGCCUCCGCGCAAAGCCGGACCCUCUCCACCACAGCCGAGACCCUCCGCGCCCUCGAAGCCACGACGAAACAAGCCGCCCAGCAAGGCAUCGACCUCAUCCUCUUCCCGGAGGCCUACCUCGGCGGAUACCCACGCACCUGCGCAUUCGGAGCAUCCGUCGGCGCCCGCGCACCCGAGGGCCGUGAGCAAUUCCUCGCAUACUACCACGAUGCCGUCGAUCUAGGCGAUACACCCCAGGGUGCAGGGGAGGAUUGGGUCAAUCGCACGCUGCCGUUGCCCCGCGAGAAGAAGUACCGUGGUGAUGGGACCCGCGAGGAACUGGAAAGGAUCGCCCGCGAGACGGGCGUCUUCGUCGUGACUGGUCUCGUUGAGAGGUCCGGAGGAACAUUGUAUUGCGGCGCCGUUUACGUAUGUCCUCGCUAUGGUAUCAUCGGGAAGAGAAGGAAGGUCAUGCCUACUGGAUCCGAGCGAUUGGUCUGGGGCCAGGGUUCCGCGUCUACGCUUCGGGCCGUGACGGCAGAUAUCAGAGGUGUGAGGGUGACGAUGGCGGCUGCAAUCUGCUGGGAGAAUUACAUGCCGCUCCUGCGACAGGCAUUGUACAGCCAGAAUGUGAACCUGUGGCUUGCACCUACGGCGGAUGCGAGAGAUGCGUGGUUGAGCUUGAUGAGGACGGUUGGCUGCGAGGGUCGCUGCUUUGUUAUCAGUGCAAACCAGUGCGUCAAGAAGAAGCAUUUGCCAGACUGGAUCACUGGGGAGACUGCCACGGCGGAGACCGUUCAACCGGCCGCUACGUCGACCGGACAAACAAGCAGCAUUCGGACCAGGAGAAGAAGUACGAUAAUCCCAACAGAAGACAAACACGAGAUUUGCCUACCCAUUGCGGAAGAGAACAGCAAACAGAACGUGCGCAUUCCAAAUGGAGAUCAUUCUGUUAUCGACGAUGGAGCUCAAAGCCCAAAGUCCACCUCGCACGCCCUACCAAAGGUAUCAUCAGCCGCGGGCGAAGAGUUCGUCUGCCGUGGCGGAUCUUCGAUUAUCUCGCCGCUUGGAGAUGUGCUUUCUGGCCCGCUGUGGGAAGUUGAUGAGGGUGGUCUACUUGUUCAGGAGAUCGAUUUCGAGGACUGCGAGAGGGGCCGCUUGGAUAUGGAUGUUGCUGGGAGCUAUUCUAGGAUGGAUAGUUUCCACCUCACGGUCGAUGGAUUGGACAUCAGUCCUCCACCCUAGACACUGGUCAGAGGUCAGGUCAUCUAUUGAUUGUGUAUCAAUUGACAUGUCCGUUGAGAUAGCUACGAUUUAAAUGAUAAAUAUAAAUAAAAGCAAAAUUAUUUGUAGCUAUUCAUUCAAUUCCAUCAAUUACCUUAACAAGAUGAAUAUAGUGGUUUUAAAACCGUGAUAAUGCAAUUAUUUAGCCUCGUCUAGGAGCAUUAUCACCUGAAGCGCCAGGUUAAGCCCGUAAAAUAUACAUCAACA